ACUAGAUGAGAACGCCAUUUUGACAAGAAAAACAAACAAUUUUAGUGACAUUUUACAUGUUAUAUAUGGCUCACACAGAGCGUUAUAAAAAAUCAAAAAGUUUUUGUGAAGCACAUAAACACUAUCUUAUUUUAAAUCAUAGUCCUACUUUUUAACAAUUUUUCUAAGGUCGAAUCUUGAACAUUACUCUGCUCCUCCAUGAUGUUGGCGACUCUCCGUCUGUUGUUUUUCCUACUUGCAGUUGCAAAAAAUUGUGAUGGAUUUCCAAUGGAUCCUGAUUACAAUGAAGAUGCUGUUAAUAUAAUAACAUGUGCUGUCAUUCCUGAUGGUUGUAAAUAUGAAGACAAAAGUCGAUGUUCUCAAAUAGAAAAAUGUGCUUCUGUGUAUGAUAGUUGUUUUAUUGCAUGGCAGUCAGUAAAUGGAUCUGAGGACAUUGUGAAACAUCAAGGAUGUUGGACAGCUAGCCACACAUCAAGAUGUACAACAUCAGAAUGUAAACAAGAUCCAAAUAUAGGAGCCUUGAAUUUUUGUUGCUGUAACUCUGAUUUAUGUAACACUAACUACACAAUAUUUUUUGGUAGUACAACACCACCUGAAGGAGCUAGACCGGUAGAAACAGAGAAACCCGACAGUGUUAGAGAGACAGUAUUGUAUUCACUAGUACCUAUAGCCAUAUUAGUCUUUAUUAUUAUAGGGAUUUUCUUCAUGUGGAGAUUUUAUUAUAAAGAUAGAUUUGGGCAUGAGCAGCUUCCAACAUUUGAUCCUGUACAAAGUACUCCACCAUCACCUCAACCAUUGAAGCCUGUACAGUUGAUUGAACUUAGAGCACAUGGGCGUUUUGGUGAAGUAUACAAAGGCACAAUGGCAACAGAGGCUGUGGCAGUCAAAAUAUUUCCUAUGAAAGAAAAGGUGUCAUGGAUGAUGGAACAAGAUAUUUAUAAACUACCUCAUAUGAAGCAUGAUAAUGUUUUGCGAUUUAUUGCUGCAGAAAAACGUGAUGAUAAAUUAUGGUUAAUUUCUCAGUUUCAUGAUCUUGGCUCACUAUGUGACUACCUGAAAGGUCACAAGUUAACCUGGUUGGACAUGUUGAAGAUUGGUGAGAGCAUGGCUAAAGGUUUAGCUUAUCUACAUGAUGAUAUACCAGGUGCUGGUCAUUCUGAGGCAAAGCCAUCAAUUGCUCAUCGAGAUUUCAAAAGCAAGAAUGUUCUUUUGAAAUCUGAUCUAACAGCUUGCAUUGCUGACUUUGGUCUUGCUCUGAAGUUUGAUGCGGGAAAAAGUGCUGGUGAAAUUCAUGGUUUGGUUGGAACAAGAAGAUAUAUGGCACCAGAGGUCCUCGAGGGAGCUAUUUGUUUUAAUCGUGAUGCUUUCCUAAGGAUAGACAUGUAUGCAUGUGGAUUGGUUCUGUGGGAGCUUGUAUCUAGAUGUUCAGUAGCUGAAGGUCAAAUAGACAACUAUCAGCUGCCAUUUGAAGAAGAAGUGGGGACUCAUCCUACUUUAGAAGACAUGCAAGAAUAUGUUGUCUUGAAAAAGUGUAGACCAACUAUAAAGGAAACAUGGCUGAGACAUUCGGGUCUGGAGGUAAUGAUUAACACCAUUGAAGAAUGUUGGGAUCAGGAUGCUGAGGCCAGAGUGUCGGCUAAUUGUGUGCAUGAACGUUUGAUUGCCUUGAGCCGAUUGACAAAUGUGUCACCUGUUAUUUUUUCACCAAGUGAGGAAAUACCAUACCAGAUAUCUUCCAUUUCAGCUUAAGGAUUAACUUAAAGGGUUUCUUGUAUUUGCAUUAUUCAUAAAAGACUAGGGUGCACGUCUAGUAUUUAAUUAUUCAGUUGGUUUAAGUUCUAUAAUAAAAUAAAACAGUUUUAUAGAUUUAAAAAGGCACACAAAAGAAGAACACAAAUAAUCAAAUUUGAAAUCUUUCAUAUUUUUUUCAUGUGAAAAAAGAAAUAAUACUGUAUAGUUAGAUUGAUGAAUUAAAGGUGCACACAAUACUAUUUUGUAUAAUGGUAUAAAAGCUACAGAAGGACAUCAGUAUUCAAAUGUAUUCAUAAAAGAACACAGAACUGAUUAAGACUUCUGUCUGACUAGAUGUAAAAUCGGAUAUGAGAAAAUUCAAGGGAGACAAUUCAUGUUAUCUCAAGAUAUGUUUCCAAUGGACAUGUGUUAUAAAUGUAUUUGUAAAGAGGAAGUUCAGUCUAGAAAAAAACAAUGCAUUUGAAAGUUUCAAAAAGGAUUAAGAAUUUAGUGUUUACUAGAUCAUCAUUGUCUUUUUCCUAAGUUGAUAGGUAUUUAUUCUGCAGUUUAUAUUGUAAUGAACUGUAACAAUAAGAAAAUAUACGUGAAAUAAGACAACAAUUGUAAGAAAAAUCACAAGUAACUGGAGAGUUAGGAUUAUAGGUAGAAUUACAUCAAAUGGCAUUUCAUUGUAAAUUUUUGUAUAAAAAUGAUGUAUUAUACAAUGAUAAUUAUUAUAUUAGUGGAAAUCAAUAGUAUAUGGGCAUUGUAUUAUAUUAAUGUACUAAAUGGUUAGAUUUAUGUUUCAUACAGUGCUUUAACUAAAUCCUAAUCAGCACUUACAACCAUGUUCUAGCUUUCGAGGUAAAAUUCAUGUCAGAGCAUGUUUUGUUUUAUACAGUGAUAGAAGAAAACUUAUUUAUUAAAAAUCACAAGGUUAGUUAGCAUGUUUAAUAUUUGUAUAUCAUUUUAUCAUAGCUAUUUCAUAAUUCAGGGAUGACUAAAUACCUCUUUACACACAUGCAACUUAAUGUAAGAAAGAAAUUCUGCUGACUAUGUUACAAUUCAUUCUUGUCAGGUUGUUAACAAUGUUAAUUAACAUGUUAUGUAAGUCAAACCUAUGUAUGUGUACUAUUUUAAAUGGAGUCAUAAAUUAUGUCAUGAUGAAUUUUACCAAAAACUUGGAUUUUCCCCCAAAAAGUGUCAGAUUUUACCACACUAAACUAAUAACAGGGCAGAUGAUAUGUGAUAAAUUUUUGUUGACAUAUUUAAGAGUUAAUUGUAGUAUUUUCUAUGGUCUAAUGAUGAAAAGACUCAUUUGGUGUCAAAAACUUUGGCUUUUUACUUCUGAUUUUAUCUGAAUUUUUAUAUGCGUGUAGGAUUAAAUGUUUUAAACAGAACAUCCUUUUUUUUCCAAUUAAAAUAAUAUGGAAAAGACAAAGAAAGAAAAGGUGAACUAUGUAUAGGUAAAGUUUAUUUUUAAAAUCAUUUAGUCAUAAAUAUUUUUGGAUUUGAAUAGGAAAGUAGUAAAAGCUUCUUUGCAAAUAGACAUUAUUGUUAAUUGUGUUUGGGUUAUCCAGAAAAAAAUGGUAUAUGAGUUGGAAGAAAUUUUUCCCAUGCUCACUAUCAUUGCUAAACCUGAUAAGAAAUUUAAGCAUUGCCCUUCUUAAAUGUCAUUCAAAACCCAAUACCCAUAUACUUUUUAUCUAGAAUAUCCCUUUACACAAUAAUCUGAACUGCCCUAAUAAUUAUCUAUAUGAAAUUUUGAGUCCAACAUGACACCAGAAUUUCUUAUUUUUACAAGAAUACAUUCAGGAAAUAUGGCCACACCAAUUUUUUAUUAAGUAUUUUGGAUUGUUGAAUGACGAAAAUGUUUUCAGAUUAACAGUGAUGUAUUGUUGUACGUGUUUGUGCAGUCUAUUCCAUAUAUGAAUAUCUAAUACCCAAGGAAGGCACAAAGUAAAUCAAUAUACAAGUUAUAGUUCUGUUAAGUUUGCAGAAAAGAAAUAAUCUCAGUGUGCCUUCUCUGUGAUAUGUUAUUUGUUAAUGAAAUAAGCACAGGUAGGGAAAAAAUUUUAAAUAAAAAAGAUGAAUAACUUACGAUUUUGUUUUAUUUUUUCAAUAAUGUUCAGUAUGGAAUUGAAUUCUGAUAUGUUUUCCUCUUGAUGAAAAACAGAUAUUCAGUAUGUAAAUAAAACAUUGUCUGCUAAAUACUUGAUGCAGAAAAAAUCCAAAGAACUUAAAAUGAAAUGUGUGUGGUCUAUAGUUAUCAGUGCCCUUAUAAAAAUGUUUUACUCAAGAAGGUAGCAUUUUCUCAUGAACUUUCUGUAUGUAGUAUUCCCAAAUAAGUAGCUUAGGAUAUGUUGAAAUUUCUCAUAAGACAAUGUGUCACCAUUUAACACUUUGUUUACAUUAUGCUAUUCAGAAUUGUUGACCACAGUGCUAAUUUCAAACACUCCAUCAAUCAGAUAUAUAAUAGAAAUUCAUCAUGUUAUUAAACUUUCAUGUAUUUACCAUGAAGGAAGGUUUUUUCUUAUAACAAAGUCACAAUCAUGUUUAUAUUACUUGUUGUAUAUUGUCAAAUAAAAUAAACGACUUUCUUAAUUUUUAAUAAUUUUUUUUUAAUAGUUUUUUUUUCAAGCAGAUUUAUCAAAGAAAAUGUAUAUGUAUCCCGGUGAUUAAAGCUAACUGUGGCACUUGAUAAAAAUUAUGGGUAAAUUUAGUCUUUCAUUGAUCAUUUACCUUUGAAAAAAUAUGUUGUGGUUUCGUAGCACUUGAUCUUGAUAGAUUAAAUUAAUAGCAAAUCAUGUUAUUAUUGCUAAUAAUGUUAUGAUAAAAUAGUUUUGACAAAGAUUGAAAAGAUAUAAAGUUUGAGUGUUGAUAUUAUUUCUUGGAAGUACCAAUAGAUAGAUUAUAUUGUUUUGUUUUUUUUAAAUCUUACAUUUUCCAGGAAUAGGCCAUUUGUAAGAAAUAAAUUUCUGCCUGUUUUAUGUCACUUUUUAAUUUUAAGAUAUGUUUACUAGACUAUAAACAACAAAGGAAGAAAUUAGGAUUACCCUUUAUAGCCAUAUUAAUAAUUUUGUUAUACAUACUAUAAUUUUAUUAAUAUGUGAAGAACACAUUUCAAAGUUUUUAGUGCCACAUAGUUUUAAGGAUCAAAUGUUUGUUUUUAAACGACUUUGAUAAAGUGUGUAGACAGUUUGUUAUAUUAUUUAUCAUGAGUUUUUGUUUUUUUAGGGGUGGGAGUAUAAAUGAAUUGCACUCUACUUGUCAUACAUAUGUUGUAAGUUGUAUAUACUGCUAUGUAAAUACUUGUAAAUAAUCAUAAAGCCAGUAAAAUGUGGAUUUUUUUAAGUAUGUGUGUUAUCUAUAAUAUUAUGCAAAACCACUAGGUUUGUAAAAUCAGGUUUUCACUGUUAAUUCUAUUUAAAUAUAACGCUCUUUAGUCAAAUAUACUGUUUAAAAGUACUUCAUAUACUGGUAUAUCUCUAUUUCUCACCUGCCAAACACACAUUCAGAUAUUUUGUUUUCUCUAAUUCUUCGUCAAUUUAUCCCUUUCUGCACCCAUUGUAUAAACAAAAUUUAAUCAACGUGUGGUUCGUUUGAUCUCAGUUCUUCAUUGGUUAAAAUCCGAUUAUGACGUCGAAUUUUCUUGCUUUCCUCUGAAUUUCCUAUUGUGACGGCAUGAAAAAAGGCGACCAUGCCUGAUGACGUCACAUAGAAAGAGCACAUCUUUUUGCAGAUCAUUUGAAAAGAAGGAAUAAAUUUGCCUGCGUAUUGUUUGAAAAUCAUUAGAGAAACAGAUUCCACCACCAAAUCUCGUGUAAUACGAUAUUUAUCCACUCUUGACAGUUAAAUUUUAAAUACUUAAAACGCUCGGCAAGCCUCGCGUUUUAAAUUUGAAAAUUUAACUGUAUCGAGUGGAUAAAUAUUGUAUCACACUCGAUGUAGUGGUAGAAUCUAUAUAUAUCUAGAAAAAGUACACAUUUGUUUCUCUAAAAUUAUAAUAUAGAAUUUUUCUAGAAAAGAAAUUUGAAGACUUUUUUUAGAAAAACUGCUUCUGCUUUUUGUUUGUGUUGUGCAAGAAAAAGAUCAUUCAUGUUCUUGCAUGAGUAUAUUUAAGAUUUGAGUUUUGAUUUAAUCAAAUCCACUUAAAGAUGAUUGCUGCUGAAAUAUAAAAUACCAACAUUUUUUAAAUGACCGGUUUUAGAUUGAAAAUGUACUAAAUAUUAAAACUAUAGGACAAAAAUAUCAGUCCCUUUGAUAUUAUUUUUUGGCAGGAAUAGACAUCUGGAUAUUUUAUAAGUAAUAUGUAGCCUGAAAGGAAUUACAUCCUUGAAUAAUUAUGCCCUAAUUUUAUGUUAAUUGAACUGAAAAUUGCCAUUGCUUCUCUUAUUUUAAUGAAAUAUACCAGUUAUCAAUGUAUUGGAGAGUGGGAUAAGUGAAAUGACCAAUUCAUUCAUUUUUAAACAGUUUUGGGAAAGUAAAUGAAAUUUUAAUAAAUGUUUAACAUCGUUUAAUAUGGCAAUUGUUUAUUUUUUACCCUUGGUUUUGUCAAGUAAGUGCAUUAAGUUCCAGUCUGAAACAAUUCCAAAUAGUUGCAAGUCUUUUAUGAAUAAUUUUAUAUAAAAAAUAUCUUUAAAAACAUUUUCUGAAUUAUUUUCCUAAGUAAAACUUUUGUAACUGAAUAUAUUUAAAUUGUAAGAAAAACAGCACCAUGCUUUUUGUAACUUGACAAAAUUUGGUAAUAAAAUUUAAGAUUGUAUAAUUGUAAAUAAAAAUGAAGGUUGCCUCCCUUUUACCAGGUUUAGGUUGGUAGAAAAAUUACCAAUGAUGAUUUCUGUAUUUUUCCCCCAUCAUUUAGCCACACCACCAUGGCAGUUUAAGAAUAUGAUAUUUUGAUAUAUAAUGUUUGUAUAGGCUGCUGGAGGACUGCAUCAUGAACAUUAAAACUGAAUCCUACCUCCCUCAUCCACCUCAAAGAUUGUUUCAGUGAUUACAAAAAAGAAUAUGUCAAUCUAUAAAGGACUGGGAAUAAUGGGUACCUUGUUUUGUGAAGUCAACUCCACCUUCAGUUUUCCUCCCAAGGCCUUCAACUUUCAUUUAUGUUUGUAUAUAUUCUGGUAAGAUAUGCACAUUUUGUGUACACAAUUGGAGAAUUUCUACACAUUUUCUACAUGGACAAACCUGUUCAGUUUCAUCAAAAUUCUUCAAGGAUGGUGUCAAUUUUAUGAAAUCAACUCCUACAGAUUUUAAUCCAGAACCUUUAAACCUUUUUUUUUUAAAUAGGUAUAUACAUUACAUUGAAGAUGUGACGUAAGAUAACUUUCAACUCUCAAUAGAGGUACCCCUUUUUUGACAACUUUGUCUUGUUUUGCUAAUAUCUCUUGGGAGAAAAGCUCUUCUUAAUUUUGUUGAUAUGCACAAGCCUUUGAAAUGAGUUUUUGACAGUUCAUUGACAGCGAAAUUCUGCAAAAUGCGAUAAUGAACUCUUUUAAUAUUAAACCAUUGUGUGCUUGCAAUAAGCAGUCAUACAAUUUUAUCAAUAUACUAUUUUUUUUAUAUUGAAGGGAGGUAUCUUUACUGAUUGUGCAUUGAAAUUUAAAGGUUUAUCAUCUUUAAAUUUGGCUUUACUCAGAAAGUCUAUUGUAAUUUAAUCGCUUAUAUUAUCAUCAAUAUUAAAUCUCAACCCAGUUAAAUUAGAAAUGAAAAAUAAUACCUCAUACUAUUAUUAUUAUUAUUGAUUCAAGUGUAAUUUAGAAAUUGUUGAUUAUAAAAUGUAGGCAGUAUGAUUUCAGUGAAAAAGGCUGUCAUAUUUGGAUACUUGUGUGUGAACUUUUUGUAACUAUUGUAUUUCCUCUUUAAUAGAUUACAGUUGUGUAUCAACACAUUUAAGUUGCAAGUUCGUUUUAUAUGUAUAUAGAAUAAAUUUUUUUUUAUUAUUAAAUUUUUUUUAUCUUCUAAGACAGUUUAUUUUUUUUUUAAUAUUUCACUUGCUUGAUUAUGUAGUAAAGUAUAUUGAAUAUAUUUUACAGUGUAAUUUGUUAUGUGUUAGUUUUUGAUAUCAAAUUGAUUUUGAAAAGAUGAACUUUUAUAAGCAUUUAGGAAAUGUGAUUUUUGAUUACAGUGAAUUGAUAUCAUGUAAAGUUACAAUUCAUAGGUUAUAACAAAUCUUUUUAAGUACUAUCAAAAAGAAUUUUGACUGAAAUUGUUUAAUUAUUAAGAUAUGUUUUAUGAGUAUGUAUAUCUUUGUUAUUGAGAUGUUGCCAUUGUGUAAUAAUUGUUUUAUUGUGGACAAUAAAACUAAAUAUAAUAAAA